AUGGGAAAUGUUCAAGUUCCUCUUUUGCAUCCUUUGACAGACGAUUUGAACAUGCUUUGUUAUCGUGUGAUAGCUCUUGAAGAUAUCAAUAUUCAACCACAUACCGAGGCUGUCAUUCCUGCGAAAGUGGUUGAUUACACUGGCAAGAAUGGGUGGGGAAUUAUUGAACCCACUGACGAGGAAUCCAUUCCUGGAGUCUUCAUUGGUAAAGUUUUGACGAAAUUAACAAACGAAACCACAGUAGUUCCAAUACGAAUGGUUAACGUGACGGAGGAAAAGCGUAAAGUUUUAGCUGGAACUGACCUGGCAAAAUGUGAGACAGUGAGCUUCGUUGUUUGUCCUGAUUUUGAGAAUUGUUUCGAAGAAUCCACAACCCGAAACGAAAUACCGAAACAUCUAGCGGAACUUUACGAGAGUAGUACAAAAGAUUUGGUUGAUGAGGACCAGAGAAAUAAAGUGUUUGACCUGUUGUGCGAAAAUGCUACCGUGUUCUCCAGCAACUCUUCAGAUAUAGGAAGAACUGAUAUCGUGAAACAUCAGAUAAUAACUGGUUCAGCAAAGCCAAUUAAGCAGCCUCCAAGACGGUUACCCCUUGCGAAAAGAGACGUGGCUUGCCAGGCGGUAGACAAGAUGCUGAAAGACGGGGUUAUUGAACCUUCAACGAGCCCUUGGUCCUCACCUGUUGUACUGGUCGCGAAAAAGAAUGGUAACCUCAGGUUCUGUGUAGACUAUCGGAAGUUGAACGAUGCGACAAUUAAAGAUUCCUACCCCCUGCCCAGGAUUGAUGACACCCUCGAUGCGUUAGGUGGCUCACAGUGGUUUUCCACGUUGGAUCUAAAGUCUGGUUAUUGGCAAGUUGCUAUGGAUCCCGCAGACAAAGAAAAGACGGCAUUCAGCAUUGGCGGGGGUUUAUGGCAUUUUCGGGUAAUGCCAUUUGGUUUGUGCAACGCUCCCGCCACUUUCGAGCGAUUGAUGGAUCAUGUACUUGCCGGAUUACCCUGGAACAUUUGUCUUGUAUAUCUUGAUGAUAUAAUCGUUCAUGGCAGAACCUUCUCUGAGCAGCUGGAAAAUCUACGGAAAGUGUUCGCGUGUUUGAGGAAAGCUAAUCUGAAACUUUCUCCGGAGAAAUGUAAUCGGUUUCGCCGUGAA